AGCAGAAAAGUGAAUGCAUGAUCAAUUAGAUAGCUACUAGUCUUUUUGGGCCGCCCUAAUGGAUGGAGUUCUCCACCUCUGGGCCGCGGAUCCAUAGGGGCAAAUCUCAACCCAUCUCACCUUUUCCAGAAUCCGUCCAUGAGAUGCACACCUACGACAUCAACAGUGGAGCCAGCGAAACUAGGGUGAAAGGAGUCAACGGCACUGACAAGAUUAUUCGGUUCUGUGACUCUAUUUCAGGUGCCGUGGCUUGCAGAGGUAAGGGGGAGAAGAGACCCCCGUUACGCAACGGAUAGAACAGAACACAAACCUACACAAUCAUGACUGAAAGUUGUGAAUUCCAAAAAAAUCCCGACCGAGAAUUGAGGCCAGAACGGGCUGGCUUGCAAGUGAUUGCCAAGUUCACCUGUCUUUCUCAACAAAUUGAAAUCUUCCCCAA